CCGGCUCAACUGAAUGUUCUGGUGCUGUUGCCAUGGCCUUGAAACCAGUUAAAUAAAAAAGAAAAACAUUGAAAAAAUCGCUAUUAUGGUCAGUUUUAAAUUAUCCAGGUUCAUAUAGACUUGUUUUACAUAGCUACGCUAGGGCGGCGGCUGCCACAUGGUCGUGGUGUAAAAAGGCGGUCUCGCGGGGCAAAAGCGCGGGGUCCUUCGCUGAGGAGCGGGCUUGUGACGAACAGUUACAACAUCAGCCAGUCGACAAAGGUUUUGCUCUUUCUCGAAUUACUCUGAUUUACAACUGCGCCAAUUGCUUUACUGUCGAACCCAUAUCUUUCGCAACACAGAAUCCCUGAGAUGUCAGGCCUUGACGCGGCGGACAUUGCGACCGCCUACGACGAUGUUCGCAACGACAAGAAGGAACUAAACUGGCUCCUCAUCUCGUACGCCGGUGCUACCGGCAACCAGCUGUCUCUCACAUCGACAGGCAAAGGUGGUCUAGCAGAGAUGAAGGAGGCAUUGGACGACUCCCAAGUCCAGUACGGCUAUGUUCGAAUCGAGUACGCCAACGACGCAGAAAGCACCCGCGUCAAGUUUGCAUUGAUUGUGUGGAUUGGAGAGAACACAAAGGUUAUGCGUAAAGCCAGAGUCAGCGUGGAGAGCGGCGAAGUUAAGCGCGUCCUGUCACACCACAGCGUGGCCAUCACGGCUGGAGAUAAGAGCGAAUUGGACGAAAAGGAGCUUGUAACGCGCCUCCGAAAGGCUGGAGGUGCCGACUACAACGGCGGUCGAGGCUAGCGACUCCGAUUGGGACUAUCAAAGCAUGUAUGAAGCAUUGCACUAGGCGUUUUCUUUCAUCGGCAUUGGGACAGCUCGUCGUGUGUCUUGUGCGCAGCAAGUUCGCACUACCAGAGCAGAUAGGGUAUCAGAUAUAGACCAUAGUUCUAGGAUAUAGGCAGCGUACCAGUCUACAGGGUGGAUCAAAUGGAUGUACUUGGUACAGAGAAUACUCUUGUCGCACUUUAUUGGAAACCCCAUGCGCCGCGUUUGGCCGCGCGCGCCGUGCUUGACCAGGUGCUGUAGAUUCAACAAUCACAUGUGUCUGGAGCAGCAGC